AUGGACACUGUAGAGCGCACUGCUAUGGGUAAAAACCAUCGCCACGUGUACCCCAUAUCGCUGAAACUUCAAGCGGUGACAAUGAUGUCGACCAUGUCGAUCCAAAAGGUGGCGUUCGAGCAGUCGAUUCCCUAUCCGACUAUCCGUCCUGGACGGCCGACCAUUAUACCGCAACCAGAACAGCUCUUGGCGUUCAUGGACAAUCGUCGCAAUCAAGAGCGAGCACUCACGUGCAGUCACAUGGUCAACUUCCUGAAGCAACACCAGUAA